AUGUUUGACUUUAAUUUAGACAAUGGUUACAUAGAAGGGAAGGAGCUGGACAAUUUUUUUCAUCAUCUCGUGGAGAAACUGGGACCAGAAAACACCAUCACAGAAGAAAAAGUUCAGAGGAUGAAGGAGCAAUUCAUGUCUGCCUACAAUGUCACCACAGAUGGACGCUUGCAAAUCCAAGAGCUUGCAAAUAUGAUCCUGCCUGAUGAUGAGAACUUUCUGCUGCUUUUCCGACGGGAAACUCCCUUGGACAACAGCGUGGAAUUCAUGCGGAUCUGGCGCAGUUAUGAUGCUGAUAGCAGUGGAUUUAUUUCAGCUGGUGAGCUCAAAGAUUUCCUGCGAGAUCUCUUUUUGCAGCAUAACAAGAUGGUUGCUGAAGUGAAGCUGGAAGAAUAUACUGAUACCAUGAUGAAAAUAUUUGACAAAAACAAAGAUGGACGGCUGGACCUGAAUGACCUGGCAAGGAUUCUGGCUCUCCAGGAAAAUUUCCUUCUUCAAUUUAAAAUGGAUGCUUCCAGCACAGAGGAAAGGAAGAGAGAUUUUGAGAAGAUCUUUGCACACUAUGACGUUAGCAAAACGGGAGCACUCGAAGGCCCAGAAGUGGAUGGUUUUGUCAAAGAUAUGAUGGAACUGGUCCAGCCCAGCAUUAGUGGGGUGGACCUGGAUAAGUUCCGCCAGAUCCUGCUCAACCACUGUGAUGUGAACAAGGAUGGGAAAAUUCAGAAAUCCGAACUGGCUUUGUGUCUUGGGCUUAAAAUGAACCCGUAGCCGGGAGAGCACUCGUGGUGUGUUUCCCUUGUGAGAUUUGCCUGCUGCUCCUCGUGGAAGUGUGUCCGUGCUGCUGUGUGAGCGGUGGGGAGCAGGGC